AAUGGAAGAUCUCCUUGAUAUCUGUGUUGAACGAUAAUUUCAUGAUGUCAAUUACAUUAUCAACAUUAAUGCAAAUAUUGAAACUCUCAAUAUUGAAAUUGAAUCUAAACAAUCUGGUGACUCUUGGAUAGCCAAUUAUCAUGCUCAAUAUAUUGAAGAAAUUGCAUCAAAAACUGGAAAUUAUAAAAAAUACACUACUUUUAUAAAGAUGCUCUAAUCAGCAUUGAAUAAUUAAACUGAAACUGUAUACAUUGACAUUCUUACUUAUUAAGAUUUGGAGUAAAUCAAAAAUAAGAGAUCUAAUAAAUUAUAAACUUAAAAUAUAGCUCCUAAUAAUAAACGCUAUCUUAUUCUUAGUUAUAUAGUUGAAUUUGAUAAAGUGCAUUAUCCAUUACCAUUAAAUUAUAAUGAAUAACCAAAUUUAUAAUAAAUGAAGAAUACAAUUAUUAGAUUAAGAAAAGAAAAUGAAUCAUUACAUAAAAAUCUCUAAUUCUUUAAGGAUUAAAAAAGAAAUGAAUCUAAUCCAUAAAUUUUAUUAAAUGAAUAAAUAAAAGAAUUAGAAAUACUUAAAAAUAUUAUUGAUUAAAAAGAAAGUGAAAUUUUAGAAUUAAAAAAUACAAAUCAUCAAUAUUCAAAUACAAUGGUUAAUAAAUAAGAAUAUAAUGAAUUAAGAUCAAAAUAUUUAUUAAGUGAAAAUACUAAUUAAGAAUUAUCAAAAAAAAUCAUUGAAUUAGAAGAUUAUUUAUAAUAAUUGAUUGAUGAAAAUGUAAUACUUAAAAAUUAAGAUAAAAAGAAUAAAUCAAGAAUUAAUUCAUUAGAAUCUGAAUUAUAACAAACUCUUAAUAAAUCAAAAUCAAAAUAUAAUUCAAAUCUAUCUCGAUCUCCAUCUGUUUCUAAAUCUAACAAUAAAUAAAAAAGCUCGCUUAAUACUAGUAAUAAUAUUCCUUCUAAAAGAAAAAGUCUUGAUAAAACAACACCAAUAAGGGUAAUUUUUAUAUUAAUAUAAUUAGUUGAGAAAAGAUAGUUUGGAUAGUGAUACAGAGUCCUCUUACAGACGUAAAUCAAAUUCUAAAAGAACUGAAUAAAGUCCUUCAGCUAGAUCAAGUUCAUCUAAAAAAAAAACAUUACAAUAAAAACAAUCAAAUUCCAAGCAGUUUAAAAAUAAAAAUGUUACUAAACCAUCAGAUUCAACUAAGUUUGAGGAUCCAGAAGAAUAGCGUUUAAUAAAAAGAUUAAAAGAUUUAAGAGAAAAGAACAAAGAAAAUACAAUUAUAACCACUCCUUCAAGUAAAAUUGAUGCUACGACUGAAGAUUUAUAGAGUAUAGAUGUAAGACUAAAUAAAUUAAAUACAUUACUAUAAUUAGCUAAAAAUUAAUGA